AUGAAAGAGACGGAAGUGUCGUCGGAGCUAGUAACGCCGGGAGAUGUACUCGGAGAUGCGACUGAGGAGCUUAAAGCCGGAAGAGGAGCUUAUGUCAAUGACACCACCGUCUUCAUUAUAUGUCUGAAUCCUCCGAAAAAUCAAGUUUUAGCCUUUGUGCUACAGCGGAUCACUUGCUGGCAUAUGAAUUAUAGAGUGUAUUACCAAGUUAUUUUUGACGUUGUCAAACUAGAGGAAACUUGA